AUGUCUAUGGACGAGAAACAGCCGCCGUCACCCGUUCUCGAUGAGAAGCACGAUGGUGCUGAUGUCGAGGCGCACUCCGUUAGCUCGGCAUCGGACGAUGAUAGGCGCGCGGACGAGGCGCUCAAGCUUGUUGGGCGCGAACGGACACAGGUCUUCAGUGACGAGUAUAACGCGAAGUUGAGGCGGAAGCUGGACCUGUGGAUUCCGCCGCUAUGCGCUGCCGUGUACUUUACGCAGUUCCUGGACAAGACUUCCUUGAACUAUGCCAGUAUCAUGGGCUUUCCCAUCAAAGGACAGCAGUACAACCUGAUCUCGAUGGCGUUCUAUCUCGGCUUCCUCGUCUUUGAGUUCCCGACCGUCUACAUCUCGCAGAAACUAAGAUUGGCGAAGUACCUCGGCGGUAACAUCGUACUAUGGGGUGCAAUCCUUAUGCUGCACGCUGUACCAUCAUCCUUCGGCGCCUUCUUUGCGUUACGCUUUUUGCUGGGGAUGUGCGAGUGCUGCGUCGCGCCCAUCCUGAUCCUGAUCAUCUCCAUGUUCUACAAGAAGAACGAGCAGGCUAGCCGUAUAUCUUGGUUCUACGUCAUGAACGGCUUGACAGCCAUCUUCGGAGGCUUCACCGCAUACGGCAUCUCCUUCUACGACGGACACGCCAUCGCGUCGUACAAGAUUGUCUACCUCCUGCUCGGCGGUCUCGCGAUCCUCGUAGGCGCAGCAGUGCUCCUCUGGAUGCCCGACUCCCCCGUACACGCCGCGAGACUCACACCCGAAGAACGUAUCGCGGUGCUCGAGCGCGUGCGGGACGAUCAGGGAGGGACGGAGAACAAGACGCUCAAGCGCUCGCAGAUCGUCGAAGCGGUCUGCGAUGUGCGGACGUGGCUGAUUGUGCUUAGCACGAUGAUGACUAGCAUCCCCAAUGGCGCAUUGAGCAACUUCAGCAACAUCGUCAUCAAGGGAUUUGGCUACUCUACGAAGCAGACACUUAUAUUGUCUACACCGGGUGGGCUCGUUGCAGCGCUCACCACCCUGGCGUGCGGGUACUACUCGGACAAGAAGAACGAGCGCAUGCUCCCCAUCGUCUUCGCUCUCAUUCCGACGAUAGUCGGCUCCGCCAUGCUGGUUGGCUUGAACGGGUCUGGAAACAAGGGCGCGCUGCUCUUUGCGAUCUACUUGGUCAACACGUUCGGCAGCGCUCUCUCGAUCAUCUACGCGUACAACGCCAGCAACACUAGCGGACAUACGAAGAAGCUCACGAUCAACGCGAUGACCCUUGCCUCCUUCAGCGUCGGUAACAUCAUCGGCACCGAGAUCUUCCAGUCCAAAGACGCGCCGGGCUACAUCCCCGGAAAAGUCGCCAUCCUUGUCCUAAUCUCGGUCCAACUCUUCAUCUGCUUCUUGCUGCGCGCGAUCAACAUUCAUAAGAACAAGCUGAAGGUCAAGGCGGUGCAGAAGGAGAAAGAGAGGAGGGGCUGGAGUGAUGCGGACGUUCAGCGCGAGAGGGAGAGGAGCGCGUUCUUGGAUCUGACGGAUAAUGAAAACAUCUUCUUUGUGUACACUGCAUGA